AUGAAUAAAAUUGAUAACAGUGGUCCAUCUUCAUCUUUCUCGGAUGCUAGUUAUUGUUCAUUUGAAAACAAUGAACAUAAAAUAUCAUCAUUGAAUGAAACCACAACAACCUCAUCAUCAUUAAUACAAUCGAGAAAAAAUUCGAGUUGUAAUAUACCAAUAAAAAAACGCCGUCCAUUUAUUGUUGAUUCAUCGCAUACAUCAUCAAACGAUUUGGAUAAUAAAUUAUUAUAUGAUAAUUAUUCAAAUAAUGAGAAUGACUAUAACAGAUCACAGCCAUCAGCAACAAAAAAUCAUUAUAAUAGUAACAAUGACGAGUCUGUUCAUGACUCAUUACGAUUAAAAUUACCAUCCGUACCAACUCAUAUUGAACAAAUGAAUACACUUUUUCGUCAACAUUAUCCACUUGCUGCUGCUGCUGCUGCCGCAUUUCCAUUUUUACCAUUAUCAACCUCCGUUGAUUAUUUAUUAGCACAGCAAUUUCUUGAAGCCUAUCGGCUAUAUACUGAAAAUGCAUUAAAAGAUCGUCACACAAACUAUGAUGACAAUCUUAUCAGAACCGAUUAUACAAUUGAAGAACAUUUUCGUAAAAGUUUAGGUGAUAAUUAUGAAAAAUUUGCUAAUGGAUUUAUUACACCACCGACAUCAGUCUCGUCAGAACCACUGUCAAGCUAUUCAGAUUCAGAAUCAAAUAAUUCACCAGCAGAAUCGACAUCAGUUGAUUCAAUUGAAGAACAUUUUGCUCGUUCACUCGGAAAGUUCUGGCCAUUAUCUUCACAAAAUCAUUCAAAUGUGCGUACUCCUACGUCAUCAGCAUCGUCAUCAAAAGCCAAUAAUAAUCACGGUUAUUUAAGUGAAUCAUGUGUCGAUGAUCAUUUUGCAAAAGCCUUAGGCAUUGAUAGAUGGGAAAAAUUGAAAGAAAAUCAUUUGAAUAAUAUAUAG